AUGAAGCGCUUUCUACAUCUUUUUCUCGUUGGCUCAUUAGUGGUCUAUUUUGUUUACUCAUUUAAAAUCAUUGAGAAAAAGCAGCAUUAUCGUUUUCGACGUUGUAUCUGUUUAAAAAUUCAACCAUCUCUAUGUCAGUGCAACAAUGAAAAGGAGCUAAAACAAGCAGCACAACAAUUGUACCAGGGAAAAUCUCUGGCAAUUGCUUCUAUUACCGAAAGGAAUGCACCUAUAUCUCAAAAAUCGGCGCAGUUGUCAGCUUGUAUUCCGAUUUGUCUUCAGACGUGUGUAAAGAAGCAAUACUCUCGUUGUCAGCAAUCCUGUCAAAACAUGUGCAAAGUGGAGCAAUCUAUUCCGCCUUUUGAACUUUCCCAAGCAAUACCGCAACAACAACAGCAAUUACUGCAAACACAGCACGAAUAUUUUCCGCCCCAACACCAAACAUGGGAAUCGAACAUGCAAGAGGAUAGUACCGCUCCAGUAUCGGAAAUACAGUUAAGUACAGCGAUACCUAUGUCAUCUGUAUCGAAAACAUCGAUACUGGUGAAAGAAUCAAGCAAGCCGUUAUCUUUACCAUUCUCAGACUCUACUGGACAAUUUGAUAUUCCAUAUGGUCGGUUUUCGGAUAACAAUAAUAACAUUUGUACUCAUGCUUGUAUGCCAUCUUGUCCAUGUAUUCAGCAAAGCACUUCGAUAACAGCUCCUGUCCUCCAACAUCAGCCACCACUGGAAUCAACUGUUCAUCAACCAUCGAUGUCAAAAGGAUCAUUCCGACAGGAAUCAGCAGCAGACAAUGAUAAAAUGCCGCAUCUCACUCAGACACUUUGCGCCUCACUUUGUAUGCCAUCUUGUCGGGAUCAAUGCAUUCAUCAGACAACAAUAUUACCUAGUGCCUUUUAUUCCACUCCAUCACCCGCAUUUACCUAUUCAUUAUUGACCGUUCAGUCACAGUCUUCCGAACAGAAAUAUUCGGCAAAAGCGAAGAAAAUUCCAACCAAUAAGGCACCCAAAACACGACAUUUUUCAGUUUGCCUUUAUAUAUGUCAGGACAAGUGCAUGCAACAAUGUGUGCAGCAAAAUAGAUCAGCUAAACAAUGCAAUAUAUCAUGCAAUUAUGCAUGUGACGACAAUUGCGCCCAGCAACGGCAACAACAACAACAGUUACCAGAACUAAUACAAAGUCAAGAGUUACCUCAACCAAUUCAUCAACAGCGACAACAAAUUUCUGGGAUUCAAUACUCACCAUCAUUUACUCGAAUCCAACAGGUCCAGCAGCAAAUACCAAUCAAUGAGAUAUUCCCUGAACAGUUAUUAUCACAACAACAGCUAGGUUGUUCACAACAAACAUCCGGUAUAUUGCAAUGUGUCCCGCGGAUAAUCAUUCCAGCAAAUCCGGAAAUACAUGCGAAGAGAAAAUUAGAAUGA